UCCGUGUCGCCGAGCCCCAAGCGCCAGCCAUGGAGAACCCCAAGCGGCACAGAGACUCCAAGAAUGCCUCAGGAGAAAUCCACGUGGACAGCAAGAGCAUGUUGGAAUUCAAAGAUGGACAGCAAAACUUCACAGAAACAGAUGCGAUUGAUGUCAGAAUCCAGCUCUUUGAUCCAGCAGUGGAGUACAAAAUGAACCACAAGAGAAGAGGACUUGCUCUGAUCUUCAAUCAUGAGAGGUUUUUCUGGCAUUUAACAUUACCAGAGAGACGUGGCACUCUUGCUGACAGAGAUAACCUGAAACGCAGCUUGACUGACCUUGGAUUUGAAGUGAAGUGCUUUGAUGACCUUAAAGCAGAAGAUGUGUUGCAAAACGUUUACAAUGUGGCCACAGACCAGCAUGACGAUGUAGACUGCUUCGUGUGCAUUUUCCUGAGCCAUGGAGAAGAUGAUCAUGUGUUUGCCUAUGAUGCUAAAAUAAAAAUACAGUCAUUGACCAACAUGUUCCGAGGAGACAGAUGCCCAAGUCUAGUAGGGAAGCCAAAAAUAUUUAUAAUUCAGGCCUGUAGAGGAGACAAGCAUGAUGACCCAGUCCUUGCUCAUGAUGCAGUGGAUAGUAUGAAAGAUCCAGAAAGCAAUGAGACCCAAGUGGAUGCUGCUGCAGUAUAUACAUUACCUGCUGGUGCAGACUUCCUCAUGUGUUACUCUGUAGCAGAAGGGUACUAUUCUCACCGUGAGACAGUAAAUGGUUCUUGGUACAUUCAAGAUCUGUGUGAGAUGAUAAGAAAGCAUGGCUCUUCCCUGGAGUUCACAGAGCUACUGAUGCUGGUUAACAGGAAGGUGUCUCACCGCAAAGUGGAUGUGUGCAGAGAUAUUAACGCUCUAGGAAAAAAACAGAUUCCUUGCUUUGCAUCAAUGCUAACCAAGAAGCUCUAUUUCCGCCCAAAGUCUUAAGUAGCAUAGGAGAGCAGUAACAAGUUCACUUCUGUGUUUGCUCUAGAGGAUCUAUCAACCAAACUCACAACAUACUUGAAAUAUAAGGUAGAAUUUGACUGUAAUCCUGUACGCAUUUACCUGGGAGUAAGUAGACAUGUAUAGGGUUGUGCUGUAAAAUGUUGUUAGUGUACACUGUUUAAGUUUGCCUAAAAUCACACCACCACUGACUUUCUGGUCGAUGUAAGACUAUUUGUAAAAUUACCAAAGGGAAAGUCUCAUGAAUCAGCAAGGAGAUUAUUAUUUUUCAUGCUGUCAAUUUCAAAAGGAGCUUUCAAAAUCUGGAACUUGUCAACAGCAUUUCAAAUAGAAAUUCAAAGUAAGUUUUACAUUGACAAAAUUGGCAUGAAAUUUAACAUCUCAGGCUUAGAUACUUUGAAAUUGAUUAGAAAUCAACAUUAUGGUAGCCUCAGGGAGUCUAGCACUUGACAUUUGAGAAAUAAAGGUAGAAUUGACCAACUUUUUACUAUCUUCAAGUUUGCACUAAGUUACUGUUUGUAGCACAUUUUCUAAGUGAGAUCUUGUACUUUAAAAUGUUUUCUGUAGUUUUGCUUAUACAUAUGCAAUAAUCAUGUGGGGAUCACUUCCUUUAUCUACUCUGCUGGACCGACCUCCUUCUCACUUCCCUUUGCCAAGUACCAUCUAAAUACUGUCAGACUCAAUUGUGCAACCCUCACUGACAUUGCUGGAGCAAUCACAACUCCUGGUAUCCCAGUUGUAGCUGUGAGAUGGUGAGACUGGUUUGACUAUCCACAGGCAGCACCAACCAUUUUCACAUAGGUGCUUGGAACAGGCAAUAUCUUGGCUCCCAGUGCACCCAAGGUUUGCCAGGUCUUAGCUGCCUAGCCUGAUACUAGAGGGGGGCAUGUCAAUGAUGAGUUAUACUCAUAGGCCUUCCUACCUUAAAUUUAACAAGACAUUUUGUAUAUCAUAUGUUCAUAAAUCACUGCAGCCUGGGAAAAAGUUUGUGCAUGCAUAUGUUAUUGAAUACUUUUACAAGACACGUUUUUCUUUUGUUUUUGCAUAAGACCUUGAUCAUAAAACUGAAACCAAACCAAAACUGUAAUGUAUUUUUAUUUACCUUAUUAUGAAAAUUACAUUCAAAUAGAGGUGCCCCAGAUUUAAAUAAACUUUUUAAAAAACA